GUAUUAUCGCUAUCCAGCACGUGAGUCGUGGCUAUCGUCAAUGGCGGCCUCUGCAAAGAUCGCCACGGAGUUUCUCAAGGAUCCACUGAUCUGGUUAUUCCUCGCCUCGCUGGCUUUCGUCAUUCUGCAGAGUCGGCGGCUGGGCAGCGCGCCAUUUCCUCCGGGUCCGAAGCCGCUGCCAGUCAUCGGCAACAUGACGUUAGUGGACCCGCUGACCCACCGCGGCCUAGCGGCGCUAGCGAAGCAGUAUGGCGGGCUGCUGCACCUUCGCCUCGGCAGGCUCCACGUCUUCGCGGUGUCGACGCCGGAGUACGCGCGCGAGGUGCUGCACGUGCAGGACGCCGCCUUCUCGAACCGCCCGGCCACCAUCGCCGUCGUCUACCUCACCUACGGCCGCUCCGACAUGGCGUUCGCGCACAACGGCGCCUACUGGCGCCAGAUGCGCAAGCUCUGCGUCACCAAGAUCUUCAGCCGACGCCGCGCCGAGACGUGGCUCGCCCUGCGAGACGGGUACGGGGCGCUCGCCCGCGCCGUCGGCAGGCGCAGCGGCGAGGCCGUCAACCUCGGCGAGCUCAUCUUCAACCUCACCGUCAGUGUCAUCUUCCGCGCCGCCUUCAGCACAGGCGACGAGGAUGGGCUGGAUGAGUUCAUCGCCAUUCUCCAGGAGUUCUCCAGCCUCCUAGGAUUGUUCCACAUCGGUGACUUCUUCCCGUGGCUCGGCUGGGUGGGCCGGCGGGGCUUCAACCGCCGCCUCCGCACGGCGCGCGGCGCUCUCGACAAGUUUAUCGACAGGAUCAUCGACGAGCACAUGAGGAGGGGAAAGAACGCCGCCGACCCCGACGCUGACUUGGUAGACGGCCUGCUCGCGUUCCUCACCGAGGCAAACCCAAUCAGCGGGAAGCACAGAGAGGACGCCCUCCGCUUCACCCGCGAUAACGUCAAGGCCAUGAUUAUGGUACGUAACUGGUACUGUAUUUAGCAUCUUACAGUCUUUACUCUUUACUGUAUCCAUGGCGGUGUGCUCCACACUAGCUGGCUCUACCGACGGACGGCUUGAUCUGCAGAGUAUGACCAAAAUCCUAGUACGAGAGAAACCUCGUAGGUGUGUAGCACCUCUCUUUCUUUUGACGUGUUUAUUAGUGUUUUUUUUUGACUGAUGGAAUGUUUAUUAACUACUCCCUCCGUAAACUAAUAUAAGAGCAUUUAGAUCAUUACUUUAGUAAUCUAAACGCUUUUAUAUUAGUUUACGGAGGGAGUACAGUUUUGCUAAAGCACAUCUAGAUGUGUCCUAAGUAUUGCACAUCUAAGUCCCAUGUCCUUGAUUUUACACGGAGAUUUGUGCAAACAUUUUCUUUCCUCUUUUUUCUUUUCCUUCCUAGUUUGAUUGAGCCACUUAGAUGUGCAAUAAUUAGGGCACAUCUAGAUGUGCUCUAGACAACCCCUCAAUUUUGCUAAAGCACAUCUAAAUGUGCCAUAAGUAUUGCACAUCUAAGUCCUAUAUCGUUGAUUUUACAUCGAGAUUCGUGUGGAUAUAUUUUUUUCAUCUUUAUGCUUGAUUCACUCACUUAGAUGUGCAAUAACUAGAGCACAUCUAGAUGUGCCCUAGACACCUCGGUCGACUUUUCUUGGUGAAGAAAGGCGAGGCGGUGCGGAGCUCCAAGGCAGAGAGGGGGGUGA